AUGCGUCGGGUUCGUAUAGACGGUACCAUCGGUUAUGGUGGUGGUGGCGAUGGAAAUAUAAAAGUUAGUAUUUGUUUUGUAUAUCUAUAUCUAUGUACUCCUUCUGCUGCUGCUCUAUUGUUACUACAUGUGCAUUCAGCAUCGAAUCUCUGUGCUGGCUGUAUUUAUGUUUUCAAGUACUUCAAAAUUAUAUUUUUUUCAAAUAAUCGAAUUCUAUUCUGUUCAUCCCGAGGAACACCAAUGAUGAAUGAUCCAGGGGAUAUCAACAUUGGUCACCACCAUCUUCAAUCUCUCUCUGGAACACAACCAUUAUCAUCGUCGUCAUCAUACCGUUUCAGAGUAUUGAACAAACAAAUUUGUUGUUAUGUUAAGUAUUUUCUUAAAGAGUUGUUAAAUGCCGAUUGUGUUUGUGGAUGUGAUAUAUAUAUGGGUAAAAAGGACUGGAUGGAGCUUUGUUGUUCUCUCUCUGUCUCUGUGUAUUAUUAA